AUGGCUCAGAAUGGAGCAGUUCCGGAAUUGCCAGAGUCGGCGUCAAAACCUCCUGAGGGGAUUGUUCUUCCGCCAAAAGAUAUUCGAGCGAUCAUCGAAAAGACGGCCGGUUAUGUGGCACGAAACGGGCCCGUUUUCGAAGACCGCAUCCGCGACAAGGAACAGUCUAAUCCCAAAUUUUCCUUUCUUGCACCCAACGACGCCUACGCACCCUUCUAUCAAUGGCGCUUGUCCGAGGUACGAGCAGGGCGAGGAACGGCAGUAUCGGCAGGAAGAGCUGGAGACGCCACACCUGUGCCCGAAAAGCCCAAAGGGCCCGAACCGCCCCCAGAGUUCCAGUUCAGUGCGCGGAUGCCGAAUAUCAGCGCCCAGGAUCUUGAAGUGGUCAAGUUGACUGCUCUGCACGUGGCGCGCAAAGGCAAGGGCUGGAUGACGGCCCUAUCCCAGCGAGAAGCGAGGAACUUCCAGUUUGACUUUCUCCGACCACAACAUUCGCUGUACAACUUCUUUCAACGGCUGGUUGAUCAAUACACAAUACUCCUGCAGACGGGACCAGAAGGCCAGAAGGCCGAGCAGGCGCGCAUCCAGGUGCUCCAGGCCAACCUCCAAGACCGGUUCCGGGCUCUCAACCUCGCAAAGAAGCGCGCAGAGUACGUCAAGUGGCAGGAGACCCAGAAGCAAAAGAAGGAAGAGGAAGAAGAGGCGGAACGCUUGGCAUAUGCUCAGAUUGACUGGCACGACUUCGUGGUCGUGGAGACGGUCUUGUUCACUGAGGCCGAUGAACAGGCCGAACUGCCUCCUCCCACCACGCUGAACGACCUCCAAAGCGCCAGUCUGGAGCAGAAAGCAAUGAUGAGUCUCUCUCGGCCUGACAUGCGUAUCGAAGAAGCCAUGCCUACGGACGACAUGAAUGGCUACGCCUCCUAUCCACCAGCAGCAGGUGACUACAACAAUGAACAAUAUGCACAAGCACAACCUCAAUCUCAACCGCAUCCACAAAGCAAUGGCUGGGCUCCUGAACCACCCAUGCCCGCCCCUUACGCACCUUCUCCAGCACCAAACGCAGCUAUGCCAGUUCCUUCUCCUCAACAACCCCAGCAACAGCCCCCUCCACAAUCAACGCCAUCCCCAGCUCAUGCCCCUAUUCCCGCUCAGGCACAGGCUCAAAUUCCCGGCCAGCCUCCCAUGCGGAUCAAAUCAGACUAUGUCCCUCGCGCCCAACAACGCGCCGCCCGUGCUGCCACGGCCUUAUGUCCCAACUGUGGCCAACAGAUCCCCGUGGCCGAGCUGGACGCGCACUUGCGGAUCGAACUGCUCGACCCGCGCUGGAAGGAGCAGCAGGCCAAAGCCACUUCACGAUUCUCCACCACCAACCUGGGCGGCACCGACGUCGCUGCGAACCUGAAGCGGCUGCGGGCUAGAACUGACGGGACCGGCGCCUCGGCAGACCCAGUAGCCGAGGCGGCUGCGCGGGUUCUGGGAGAGCAAGAAGAAGAAGAAAGGCGGAAAAGAAUGCGUUAUGACGGUGGUGCAGCGGGAGCUCCGCCGGCGGAUGGGGCAGCGAAUCCUGCCAUGUAUCCUCCUGGUGCGGCGGGCAUUCCGCCAGGACAGCAACCCCCGAAUGUACAAGAGCAGAUUCGACAGAUUCACAAUAAGUACAGGUCGUGA